CAGAAUUCUCCACAUCGUUCCUUUCGAGAAGUCUGCUUCUUCCUUCUGCAAGAGCUAAAAUGGCGGCAGCAGCAAUGAACAUCACGAAUGACCAUGUAGAGAAACAAAUUGACAUGUGUGCAGGAGCCAAAGCAGGGCAAUCAGCACACACAAUUUCUACCCCUUUGACACAAAGUAUCUUGCAGAAUCAUCAGUUACCAGUGCCAAUGGAUGGCACUUGGCAGGGAACUGGAGUGAGAUCUCAUCCUGAUCAUAGA